AUGUCUGAAGAACAAUCAAAAAAGGAGAUCCUGGAGCAAGUGGAAUUUUACUUUUCCGACUCCAACCUACCAAAGGACAGAUUUUUAUACACUACAGCGCAGGCCAACGAAGGAUGGGUGUCCAUCUCCGUACUGGCCAACUUUACCAGAAUGAGAAAGUUCAGACCCAUCGAGCUGAUCGUUGAGGCUCUGAGAGAGUCUGAAAACCUUCUAGAGGUCAGUGAGAAUGGAGAAAUGGUUCGCAGAAAGGUACCAUUGCCAUCAAGAGAGGAACAGAUCAAGAUUGCCCAAAGAAGCGUUGUUGUGGAAGAUGUCCCAGAAGACGCAACUUUGGAACAGUUACAGGAAUUUUUCAAAAAGUAUGGAAAGACCAAUCAGGUCAGAAUGAAGCGAAACCGUAAGACCAAGGAAUUUUUUGGAAAGGUUAUUGUGGAAUUUUCAUCCGUUGAAGAACAGAAAGCAUUCUUAGAGGCCGAGCCGAAGCCAACUUUCAACGAGAAAGAAUUAAAGAUCACUUCAAAGGUCGCCUACGACGAAUCCCGUGAAUCAAAGAGAACCGCUGGUUUCAACGGUAGGGACAAAUCCAAGGGAAAGAAGAGAGUUAACCAAGACGACGAUGAAUCCAACAAGAGAGUUAAGGACGAUAAAGAAGUGGAAGCCGACAAGGAAACCGCAGACGAUGCUGCAAAAGAGGCCGGAGAGGAUACAGCUACAGAACCAGAAAAGACUGAGGUCCCAGAGGAAAACAAAGAAGAAUCAAAAUAG